GGAAGGGACGCGUGCGAUGGGAUGGCGCCGCUGGCUGCCGUGACCGGCGCACUCUGCCCGAAAAGAAGAAAUAACUACUAACAGCAGCAAUAUAGCAGAUUGUCUCUCCUCCAGUCUAGUUAUGCAGUGACAAUGGAGACUUCUGAUGAAGAAAACUUUGGUGUAGCCAUCUCCUCCUCUUCUGAUGCAGAGUUUGAUGCAGUUGUUGGGUAUCUGGAGGAUAUCAUAAUGGAUGAUGAUUUCCAGUUAAUACAGAGGACUUUUAUGGAGAAGCACUACCAGGAGUUUGAUGACUCGGAAGAAAACAAGCUCAUCUAUACUUCUAUUUUUAAUGAAUAUAUCUCUUUAGUAGAGAAAUACAUUGAAGAAAAGUUGCUUGAUCGGAUUCCUGGUUUUAAUAUGACUGCUUUCACAAUGUCAUUGCAACAGCACAAAGAUGAAAUGGCAGGUGAUAUAUUUGAUAUGCUUCUCACAUUUACUGACUUCCUGGCUUUCAAAGAAAUGUUCUUGGAUUACAGAGCUGAAAAAGAAGGUCGAAGUCCGGAUUUAAGCAGUGGGUUAGUGGUGACUUCAUUAAACAAAUCGUCAAUAUCCUCCUCCUAGAACAGUUUACGCACUACUUUCCUUCUCCAGAUGAGUGCUGCUGCUUUCAUUUGGACAUUAAAACACUGAAGGUCAUGGGAAUCAAGGUGCUUUUACACGAUGAAAACUCAUUCACCCUCCAGACUAUGUACCUUCAGAGGCCUGAUCCUAAAAACAUCUGUGUGUGAAUUCUGGUUGGUAUUCAGUGACCACAGAAGAAGACAAUUUCACCUCUACCAGAGUAAUUGUUUUUAAUAAAUACAUAGUACUUGUACACCAGCCUAACCGUUGCACGUGCUGAGAAGCCCAGCACACCGAGAGGACAAUAAAUAGGCCUGUGCACGUGUUGUUUGGGUUGGCAUCUUCACCGUCUCCCCAAAACGUAGAACUUUUCAGAAUCAAGACGACAGUGUAAAAAGAGUAUGUCCCUCCAGCUCUUGGAAGGAUAGGUGUGAACCUCUGAGUUCCUCCCCGUCAAUGUUUUGUUGUUCUGGGUUUUUUUUAAAUACUUUAAUACGAUCUUAAGUGCUACAGCUUUCUGAUGGAAGAAUAUGUUUUAAUAUGUAGAUGUUCUAGCAUAAGACUGUCUCUCAGCUCUGACAGUUGAUAUGUUAGUGCGGAAAUCUGUCUGCUCUCUGGCUUUUGUAAGUCUCAUCCUUAAUGUGCUAAGUUCUCCCAUUCACUUUUGUUCAGGCCCCAGCUAUUCUACAUUGGGAAAAAUAACCGUGAUAAACCGAAAGCUGGCCUAUGGAUGCAAUUUCUGACUUUCUUUUCAGCGGUGGCACAGCUGCAUUAGUUCUAGUAAUAUAAGCUUGACGGUAGGUUGGGCACAGACAUGUUUACCACCGUGUCAUUUACUGCUCUAAAUAGCAUGUUGCUUAAAAGGCGUGGUUUUGCUAUUAAACUGUUAGCAACAUUAGUGCAGCAAUGCAUUUUUCAGCAUCCGUUGAAAACUAGGUGAGUGGCUUGCUGGUGGAACUGUAGCCAUAAGCCUGUCACAAAGCCCCAGGCGCGUCUCUGUUGGCGGUUGGGAUUAAACUGCAUUUGGAGUUACAGGGACCCUCUGUUCUUAUGCUGUUCAGACACAUUACUCUGCCGCUUAAUGACAUGCUCAGGCGACGCGAGUAUGUCUUUAAAAGCCUAAGAGUAGAUCGAAACACAGGAUGGUGAGCAGAGCCCUCCGCUCUGUCCCACAGCAGGUUGAUGCAGCAGGGCAGAUGCCCUUCAAAACAGCGGUUGAGAACCUAGCCUAGACAGAGCAAAACUAUGGCUGGGCUGUGACAAAUUUUUGUCUGUGGAUGAGAAAUGUCUUACAAGAACAAACGAGAUGAAAUCCUGUUCCUGUUGAUGUCUGACAGCGAUUUCAGCAGUACUAGGACUUUGUUCUUCAGCUGAAAUAGUUUUUUUGAAUACCAGUCAAGAGUUCUAGCCAUGCAGGCAAAAAUAAGCCAUACUUACACUACAAAAUACGAUAACAUUAAACAGGUUUGUGGACAGACCAUACUGGCUUUUUAAAGGUGGGCUAGCAAUGCUAAGUGUAGCGUCCUAGUAUUUUGACUCUGUGUCUACUGAAUUUAUGAGUGCUGCAAUAAUUAAUCUCAUGAAGUUUCUAGUAUGUUGUGUUCAUGGCUCUGCAGUUUUUUGUCUGGAAUUAUUCUGGUAUGUUGAAAUCCCCCUCAGAAGUGCAUACACCCAGAUACACACACGCUUCCUUUAAAAAAAAAAAACAAAACAACCCCAAAAAAACCCAAACAACCCUCAAAAACCCCAAACAAGCUAUUCCUUCAGAAUUUUUUUUUAAUCUCCUUCCAUAAAUUUAUGCUUGUCAGAUUUGAAUGAUAAAAGCCAGAAGCUGAAGCAAAAUUGCAAGAAAUGUC